UCGCCCCAUCAGGAAGUGACCAGAAACAAUGGCAGCAGGAAAUCAUUCCACGGUGACAGAGUUCAUCCUGGCUGGGCUCACAGAACAGCUAGAGCUGCAGCUGCCCCUCUUGCUCUUAUUCCUGGGAAUCUAUGUGGUCACUGUGGUGGGCAACCUGGGCAUGAUCAUACUCAUUGGGCUCAGUUGCCACCUGCACACCCCCAUGUACUAUCUCCUCAGCAGUCUGUCCUUCAUUGAUCUCUGUCAAUCCACUGCCAUUACCCCCAAAAUGCUGGUGAACUUUGUGGCACAGAAGAACACCAUCUCCUACCCUGAGUGCAUGACUCAGCUCUAUUUCUUCCUGGUUUUUGCUGUAGCAGAGUGUUACAUGUUGGCUGCAAUGGCCUAUGACCGCUAUGUUGCCAUCUGUAGCCCCUUGCUUUACAAUGUCAUCAUGUCCCAUAAGGUCUGUUUUUCCCUGAUUGUAGGGGUGUAUACUAUAAGUACGGUUUGUGCAUCAGUUUAUACAGGCUGCAUGUUUAGAAUCUAUUUCUGCAAAUUGAAUGUAGUCAACCAUUAUUUCUGUGAUCUUAUCUCCAUCCUAAAGCUCUCUUGUUCUAGUACUUAUGCCAAUGAAUUGCUGAUUCUCAUCUUUAGUGGAAUUAACAUCCUUACCCCCAGCCUGGCCAUCCUUAUCUCCUACACCCUAAUCAUUGCGAGCAUCCUUCGUAUUCGUUCCACUCAAGGCAGGACCAAAGCCUUCAGCACUUGCAGCUCCCACAUUUCAGCCGUUGCUGUUUUCUUUGGUUCUGCUGCAUUCAUGUAUCUGAAUCCAUCAUCUCUCAGCUCCAUGGAUCAAGGAAAAGUGUCAUCUGUAUUUUAUACUGUUGUUGUGCCCAUGCUGAACCCUCUGAUCUACAGCCUGAGAAAUAAGGAUGUUCAUAUUGCCCUGAAAAAAAUGCGAGAAAGAGGAAAAUUCCUGUGA